AUGGAGCAGAAAGAUGCUCCCAGCCUGGUGAGAAUCUCUCAGGCGGUGCCGGAGAUGCGGCGAGAUCAGCCCGUGGACCUCCAGAUGGUCCAAGAUCUCUGGAGAGCCUUCUACGUGACCGAGCAGGCCACGCGGGACCAAGCCCAUCGCCGGCUGGGAUAUCUCUUCUGGCGAGUUUGGAGCAGCGAGAAACUGCUGACCAGCAUCAGCGUUGGCCAAUUGAGCGACCUGAUUGCUCGCAUUGCUGCUCCCAUGGGAUAUUUCCGACGUCGUGGCGACAACUCGCAGACCUCUACCAGUCCGUAUCACUUCAAAGGCUCGCCGCAGUCGGUGCGGAAGUCUCAGCCCAUUGAGGCCAAGGCCACUCCCCAGCCCAUCUUGAAGAAGUCCAGCACUCCACAAGCAGAGUCCAACAAGUCCGCGCGUCUUCUUGUCGAAAAGCCAGACGGGGAGAGCAUCGCCCGCAGCCCUUCUAACGCUCUUACUCUCGACCUUCCUAAAUCCCACCCCCAGAAACUGGCUGCUCGCCAGGGUCCAAAGAAAGCGGCCCAUUUCGCCGCAGGAUUCCGAUCUGGACGGCGUCGUCCUCUUUUCCAACGCCGCAAGUCAUCGCAGACUUCGGUCCCCAAGGAAGAAUCGGCAGCGCCAAAGCAGCAGAAACCCGAACCACAGCAGCCUCGUCCUCAGCCUCAACCUCAACCUCAGCAUCCACCUCAUCCCUACGGAGAUUCUCUCUCUUUCGAUCUUGUCUUCGGCGAAGAUUCCGCGCUACCACUCGAAGAAUCACCUCACAACACACCUCUUUACGACAAAAUGGAUUCUCCCGACAUCGACGAAAUGCUAGACCAGCUCAGCACCCUCAAGCUACCCAAGACUACACCGAGCGAGAAAGCAACGGCGACCGCCACCGCAGUCCCCGCCCCUGAUCUCGACUCCGAUGCCGAAACCCUCAUCUCCCCGGCCCCAGAGACCGUGAGUGAAGACCCCCAGGACGAAACCCCAAAGCCAAAGGACAAGGGUAAGGGAAAACAACGAGCUGAACCCAACGACAGCGGCUACGCCAGUAGCAGCUCGUCUAGCGACGGAGUCCCCGCCGACUGGACCAGAAUUCCUGGAUUCGAGAACAUCCCCUCCUUCAAGAACCGUUAUCGAAUCCCCAUGCCUGAGAAAAUGAAGGAAGCCUUGACGAAAGUGCUCAACGACCCCGAGCCCAUCGAAAAGGUCCCGCUGCCCACACGACCCUGGUGGCAAUUCGAAGACGCCUGGGGUUCCCUCCCUCGCAAGGAAUAUCUCGAGGACUGGAUGCUGACCGACUACGACCACAACGGCCAACCAUCCAACUUUCCACUCGUCGAACCAGGAUUCCGCACCCGCUUUGCCGAACAAGUUCAACAACGCCCUCAGCCUCCAGCUGAGCCAGCUAUUUCCCGCUCCACCAGCAACGCUAGUAACGCAUCGGCUAUCACGGUGGUUCCCUACAGAGAGCGCGGAAAUGACCAAGCCUCCGAGCACAGAGGCCACACUCGAAACUUCUCUGGCCUGUCUUUCAUGAUGGACAACACGACCCCUAGCGAAUUUUCUCUUGAAGAAUCUGAGGAGACCCUGGCUGAUCGGAUUCGCCUGGAGCAGGCAGAGGCCCAGAAUGCCCAUGAGAAUCUAAGAGACCUCACUCUGUCGUAUGGGGACAUCGACAUUGACACUGGCCCUCAACUGCCGCCCAACAGUGUUCCGAGCGACCGGGAGAGUUUCCUGAACGAUCGUUCUCCGAAGUGA